AAUAGGCGUGGAUGAUUGUAGUAGGGUAAUCAAAGUAAAUACUAUAGCAAGACUCAGGCAAUCAUUUCUUGCCAGAGAAUUGCCCUGUGUCCUGAAGUAGAUUGAGGUGAAAAUGGUGACUGUAAGCAGACAUCACUGAAUGCAAUAGUUCAUACCCAAAACAUGGGAUUUCUGCUGUAAGCUCCCAAAAGAAUUAGUCUGCACAUUUUUAACCAGGAAAAGUAAACACUGUCUUGCUCUAACACUCCAGACCGCUGCGUUUGCUGCAAACAGUAGCAAAAGCAUACAGAGGCUCCCGCAUCGCCUAGGAGGACCGGCCGUUUCGUCUCCUCCUGCCCAGCCGGAGAGGAGCGAGGUGCGUGUUGCGUCCAGCACAGCACAGGCCGGCGCAAGGCCGGGCGCUGCUGGGUGCCCUGGCCCAGCGUUGCCGGCGCUGCCUUCCCACACUGCCCAGACCCGGCUGUGUCCCCAUGCAGUUUUUCUGCUGCUUUUCUUUUCUUGCCCUGCACAAUCUCGCAGCCUCCCUAGCAGGAGUCUCAGGGAGUUCCUCAGUCACUGGGAUCGGUGCAGUUUUUGCCCAAAAACAUCUGUCUCCACUUGUGCCUCCCUGACCCCCUCCUGUUUCUUGUGCAACCGCACCAGUGCUGCACGAAAAGGAUCUGAGCUGCCUCCAUGCAUGUGACCGACAGGGCUGAGACCUCCCAAACUCCUCACAUGCUGCUGCACAGCCCAGUUGGUCAAAGGAAACCACACCCACCAGUCGCAAGCUCCCCUCUCGGAGUCUGAGGACUUGACAUCUCAUCGCUAAAAAAAACCUGAGGACCCAAUUUCUCCCUUGUGAGGAUGCAGAGUCUGCUGCUUCUUUGUGCCGUUUGCUCAACACAAUGUGGGAUGCCCCACGUCCGUGAAGGACAAGGACAAGGAGGCCUAGCCCUCGCUGGCAAGUCCUUGUGGCAGUGUCAGAUGCGAGCCCAUGGAGUAAAUGCAGUCGGGUGCUCUGUGGUCCAAUAGUGUCUUCAACCCCAGUGUAGCCCCAGUGUAGCUGCUUCCUGCUGUGCUUUUGUCUUAGGUUUUCUUCCAAGGCCAGGGGAAAAAUACCUCCUCUGUGGGCCCGCAGCUUCUCCAGACGAUGGGCUGCAGCGACAGAAAAUCUCAUUGCAGACUGUCAAGGCUUUGCAGCCUGAGAACCUCCCAUUUUCAAGCCCAGCUAGUUUUCAGCCAGUUGAACUAAAGAAAUUACUCUUGGCUGCUCUGGAGGAGCUUUGAUCUUGAAGCAAAUGAUAGCUGUCUGCGUCUUCUCGGUUACAGCAGAAACUGGAUGAGGAAGAAAGGCUUUGCCGUUCCCCACUUCCCCGCUCCCAGGGCAGGGCCCGCCACAGAGAUAGAUCUCGCCAGCUGAAGCCAAGGGGACAUCAUCGGCUGUGUCUUCUCCUGGUGCAAUUAGCAGAGAGGCCGUUUCUCCCUAACUUGGCCCCAGGAAUGAGCAGUGCUUAGACAAGAGAUCUGGAGGCAGAGUUGUGUGCACAACACCCCCGCCGUGGAGUUGGCAUGCUUUUUAUGGAUUUUAUGUAAAAAGCAGAAGCAAGCAAAUACUGAGUGAGCUUUAUACACCGAGCUAAUUUGCCACACGCUCACUGAGCCUAAUGAAAGAUGAACCUAUGCGGUGGUCGCACUGAGAUUGGAUUAAUAAAUCAAUAUUAUCCCAUCUCUAAUUUAACGCAGCAUGUGAUCAAAGCAGGAUGCUGAGGCUGACGGCAGAAAAUGUGGUUGUCCUGUAUGGGGAGACUGCCAAGAGGAACGGGUCCCUCAGCCGGGGUGGUGGGUCCUCUAGACGUCAGCCACAGAGUGGCUUGGCCCAGUAACGCUCCCUUGUGUCUGCUGGUGGUACAGGAUGGAGGGAAGCUGUUAUCGCUCUGCUCGGGGCGAAGUCCAGAAAGACGGGCGAGGGUGCAAGCUGGUUGGGAUACGGGGUGCCGAAAUGGGGAGCGCAAACUGCUCUCGAUCAGUGUGGGGCGGCAGCAGCGUUGCCUGCCGUUGCGCCCUGGCCAAACGACUGGGGCGGUGGGCCCCUGGGUGGUGUGGGGUGCUGGGAGAUUAGGCCAGAGGGCCCUGGGGACCCCGAGGAUGGGGAUGGGCAGUGACUGGGUGCUGCGGGCGCUCAUCUCUUUUUGUGCGACCUUCCUCCUGCUCGGCCACCCCGUGUCACUGCAGGAGUUUGAGCUGAUGGAAAACAUCCUGAAGAGCAAACAGGACGGGUCCGAGUGCUGGGAGCAGCGGAGCACUGUGAGUGUGCGAACCUCCUUCACCCGCCAGGAGAGGAACCGCCUGCUCUGGGAGGACAUGAGCGUUAUUGAGGAGGACGCCACCAAAGUGACCGCCCUGAAGCUGAGGCUGGACGAGUCCCAGAAAGUGCUGCUCAAGGAGCGGGAGGACAAGCUGGCGCUCAGCAAGAGCAUUGAGAAGCUGGAGGGCGAGCUCAGCCAGUGGAAAAUCAAGUAUGAGGAGCUGAACAAGAACAAGCAGGAGGUGAUGAAGCAGCUGAACAUCCUGAAGGAGAUCCACCAGGACGAGCUGGGGCGCAUCUCAGAGGACCUGGAGGAUGAGUUGGGUGCUCGCUCCAGCAUGGACAAGAAGCUGGCUGAGCUGCGCACAGAGAUGGAGCGGCUGCAGGCGGAGAACGCGGCCGAGUGGGGCAAGCGGGAGCGCCUGGAGACCGAGAAGCUCAACCUGGAGCGGGAGAACAAGAAGCUGCGGGCCCAGAUCGAGGACCUGGAGGAGGUGCUGGCUCGGAAGCGGCGCCAGACAGCCAGCGCCCUGGACACCGACCUCAAAACGAUCCAGGCCGAGCUCUUCGAGAAGAACAAGGAGCUGGCUGACCUGAAGCACGUCCACACGAAGCUGAAGAAGCAGUACCAGGAGAAGAUGGCUGAGCUGGCCCACGCCAACCGCCGUGUGGAGCAGCAUGAAGGUGAGGUGAGGAAACUGCGCCUGAGAGUGGAGGAGCUGAAGAAGGAGCUGGCCCAAGCUGAGGAUGAGCUGGACGAGGCCCACAACCAGACGCGGAAGCUGCAGCGGUCGCUGGACGAGCAGACGGAGCAGAGCGAGAACUUCCAGGUGCAGCUGGAGCACCUGCAGUCCCGGUGAGCGGGGGGCCGCGACGGUGCCUUGUGAGUGCCAUGGGCAGCAAUGGCCAAGAGGCACCUGGGGAUACUGAAGGAUGGGAUCAGGCACUCUUUGCAACCAUCCCUCUACCAGCAUCUCUCUGGGCUAAACAGAGGGGCUCAUGCUGCGUUUUCAGGGGGCGAAGGGCCUCUAGAGCUCCCUGUAUGCUCAGGGCAGCCUUCGCACCAGUUUAAGCUGGUGUGACAUUCCCCUCCCUGUUAGACUUGCGCAAGGCUGCCCAGUGCAGCCUGGUUUUCUUAACCAUUGGGUCAGAACUGGGAUUUCACCCACCGGUGUCCACGAUCAAUGCUAGCUGCAGGCUCUGAGCAUCCUGAGAAGGCGCUGGCAGGCGGGUGCUGAGCAUGGCCUGCAUCCAGCAGUCUCCAUGUGCUCGGAGCCCCUCGGCUGGAAGCAAGGGCAGGUGAAGGGUUGCACUGCGGCCAGGGGAUCUGCUGGGAGUGAUUUAUCCCGUGGAGCUGGGGAGAAGUGUCAUGCUGAUGAUAAAAAGCCACUCAGCAGCAAAGCGUCUUUCCAAGUGGGGCUAAUUCGCGUAAGCAUUCCCAGCCCCAGGGGAUGGCUACCGAGGGGAGGAGAGGGAGGGAGGUUUUACAAGGAAGGAUGUCGGGCGAGUGCUUUAUCGCCGCGUGGUGAUGGAUCACAGGGCUCGGCGGGGGCACGCUCUCUCUGUCUUUCUGCCACUUUCGUUCAGGAAGCUGAAAGCAGGGAAACCUCCCUCCGGUCCUGGCGCCGGUGGGGGGAUGCUGCAGCCGUUCCCAGAGCGCAGCCUGGGGCAGCCGGGGCCCCUGCCCUGUCCAGAGCUGCUUCAGGAGGGAGGACAGGGCACUCAGGGCAUUUUCACUGCUUGUCCUUUUGGCCCAGCAAAGAGCGUCUUUGUCCUUGUGUUGGGACCCCGACCCCUUUUGGGCUUGUCCCUUUUGGGGCGUUCAAAAGCGCAAACGCAGAGAUGAGCACCUCAAGGGCAUCGCAGGUCUGCCCUUCCGAUUCACCCGCUCCUCCUGGCCCUGGCCUGCCUCGGCUCUUCAGUGACCUUGAGCAACCUUUCAUGCUUCUCCAUCCCGGUCCCUGGGGCGGCACGGACCUCCCCGAGCAAAACCUCGCGGUGGAUGAGGCCGUGCAGGAGGAGGGAGCCGUGUGAGGAGGUGGGAGCC